CCUUCCCCUUCGUCGCUUUCGCUCGCUUACAUUCCCGCGCGGGGGACAGUCGAAGAACUCGUAAACCCGGUGUCUACAAGUCCUUCAAUAUGUCGACGCCGAAUCCGGCUGAGGUCGCCCAUGGGCCCAUGAUCUUGGGGACGUUCUUCAAUAUUCUGCUGUACGGAAUCUCGAUCACGCAGACGUACAUUUACUGGAAUACCUACAAGAACAAGGACCCCCGCUUCAUCCGGUUCUUUGUCUUGUUCCUAUUCGUCGGGGACACCUUGCACACAGCGUUCACGAUGGCGUACAUGUACAUAAGUCUCAUCAAGCAUUUCGGCGACGCGAAUUACCUCGCUACUGCGACUUGGGUAUUUUCGACGGACCCCGCGCUCACGGGCAUCAUCGGUGGCUCCGUCCAGAUGUUCUUCGCCUGGCGCGUGAAGCUCCUCACCGGGAACAUUAUCGUUGCUUUGAUCAUCGCCGUCUUGUCCGUUGCGACGAUUCUCUGUGGUAUCGCCACGUCUAUCGGAUGCGGGAUCGUCAUGUACUUCGUCGAGUUCCAGAAGUUCUCCGUCGUGGUCAUUAUUUGGCUUGUGGGAUCGUCCGUGUCGGAUAUUCUCAUCACUGGAAGCCUGGUGUUCCACCUUCGCAAUCACAAAACCGGCUUCAAGUCUACGGAUACGCGUGUAGACAAAAUCAUUCGCCUGACUGUGCAGACCGGCAUGAUUACCUGCAUCUGGGCGUUUGCUGAUCUGCUCGUGUACCUGCUGGACCCUGUACCAUGGCAUCUCCUUCUCAACUUCCCGCUCUCCAAGCUGUACACGAACUCGCUCAUGUCCAGCUUGAAUAGCCGGAGAGGAUGGAACUACAGCGAGAGCAGGAACGACACCUCCCAGCCCGUUUCAACCGGAGAGCGUGCGCGCAGGGACGUCGUCAAUCUCAGCGCUUCGAGGCCGGAGGUCUUCGUCCAGGUCGAGUCGCACGAGAUGGUCGACCAGACGGACACGAAGCGCGGCGAAGAUUGGCAGUACGAUUCACAGCACAAGCAUAGCCCGGCUAUCGCAUAGAUUUCCUUUCGUUUACCCUGUUCAUUUUUAUAACUGGCAUACAGACUGCUGUCCAUCCGUGUUAA